AUCAUACAUACAGCACUAGCAUCACUGCAGCAGCUUCUCCAUCGGCCACGUUGAGCGUCAGCGACAGACACAUCACGGCCAGCCAAUUAGCAGGACAUCAUCUUCACACAAACACAAACACACCCACACACACAUCCACCCACCUUCCCACCCACCCACCCACCCACCCACAAAGAGAGGAUACAAGUAGGCACUAAUUGCUCAGUGAGGCCUUCGCGCGCGGUGUGUUGAUUGGCUCAAUAGACAAGAAAAACGCAUGAAAAAGAGCCAUACAUACUCCCUUGGCCCAGACUCACAGCCAUUGCGGUUAUCAGCACUUGAGCAGAGGCCUGGCGAGUUCUUGUUCAUCCGCCCGGCCCCCUGCCUGGUGCGGUUGCUGUUGUCCGUCUGACUCGCCGCCUUGCCGCGGCUUGCGGCGCUGCCUGAGCUCCGGCGAGAUAUCACCGUGAUCACCGUCUGCUGGGUGGCGGCCUUUGGGCGUCUGCACCGGGGCGUCGUGUCCGAGUGACGGCGGAGAGGGGCCAAACGAGGCGGCCGAGAGGGAUUCGGGAGAGGAAGCAGGCUGCUCACCUGCUCCACAGGACGGGGCGGCUUGGUCCAGUUCUUCCUCCCUGAGCUCAAGAUCAUCAACAGACACAGACAGACACACACGGACACACAUGUUCGUUUGCUGCAGCUGCGUAUGGCUCUACUGACCUCCGCUUCUCCUCAAAGCGCCUGGCGAAGUCCUGCGCUUCAGCGAGAUCUCUCACCAAAAACUUGAACAUUUUCAUGCUCUCGUCAUCCUUGAAACGGCCUCGCGCGUCCAUACACUCGCACAGCCCCAGCAGCUGGCCAGGGAUCAGCUUGUUGAGGUCCAGCUCACGGAUCAUCUGCGACUCCGAAUCCAUGCCCAGCUCGACCAUGGCCGCAUUGACCCUGUCCGCGAGAACGCUGUGGG